CAGGCAAUGAAUACCAAAAAGGAAAUAAAAAAAGAUCUUCAACUGGUUUGCCUAGUCUCCUCCAGCAAAAUUUUCUUUCUUUCUUUCUCCUUGUAGCUAUGGCACACAGAACCUUAGAGAUUAACGUCAUAUCUGCAAAAGGCCUAAAAAAUGUCAAUCUCAUUGAUAACAUGGAUGUGUACGCCGAAGUUUCUCUUAAGGGUGAUUCAUCGAAGUACAAGCAGAUGACUAAAACUCCAGUAGACAAAGAAUGUGGUAAAAACCCAACCUGGGAUUUCCCUGUUAAGUUCACCAUCGACGAGUCCUUGCCCAAGAACAACAACCUGAUUCUCAAGUUCAAGAUCAAGUGUGAGCGUAGCUUUGGAGGAAAAGAACUUGGUCAAGUCAACGUGCCUGUUAUGAAACUCCUAGAUUCACCAGGUGAAGACGGUUCCAUUAAGUUCGUCAGUUACCAGGUAACGAAACCGUCAGGAAGACCUGAAGGUACCUUGAAUUUUUCUUACAAGUUCGGAGACAAAGUUUCAGAGCCUGUCAAGUCAGAAAAAGGCAAGGGUGAUCAGCCUGUUACUACAUAUCCUGUAUCCAUGGCAGUCGGGUCCAUUUCUGCCCCAUAUGGUGGACCUGGACCUAAUCCUCCACCACAGCCAACUGGCUAUGAAUACCCUCCGCCGCCUGUAGCGGCAGCGUAUGGUGGAUACCCACCACAGGUACCACCAUGCCAUGGCUGCCUAACUCCAUCUCCAGUAUAUGGUUACGCUCCACCAGGGGGAUAUGGCUGCCCACCUCCACCUCCAGUAUAUGGUUACGCUCCACCAGGGGGAUAUGGCUGCCCACCUCCACCUCCAGUAUAUGGUUACGCUCCACCAGGGGGAUAUAGCUGCCCACCUCCACCUCCAGUAUAUGAUUACGCUCCACCAGGGGGAUAUGGGUACCCACACCACCAGUGCAACAGCCACAAAAGAAGAAUAACAAGUUUAAAUUGGGAUUGGGGGCAGGGUUGGAUGAAGGGCGAUAGAUAUGAUCUCUGUCUCUGAUGGUGGCGGUUUUGAUCAUUGAUGUUUCUUGUUUUAUGCUUUUCAAUGGGAGCUUUUGUUUUGUAUUAGGACCGUUAUUGAUCUUAUUACAUCAACUUGCUACUGUUUUCCUUUUGGAUUUCAUCACUUUUCUUUUUUAAUGUUUUGUUGUUGUUGAAAGGAAAUUAAAAAAAAAAAACAAAAGUUUCAUUGCAUAUUAAAGAGCAUCAGAAUUACUAUCUCACACUCAAUUUUCGCUAACUUAUGUGUGGAAGA